CUGGAGAAUCAUGGAAGCCAGGUAAUUGAGCAACAAGACCAUUAGACACAAUCUACACAUUUGGCGACCUUUAGUAAACCUGACUUAUCUUUUGGCAGGAGAUUCUGGCUUGGAGCUUGCUGCGUUGCACUGACCUGGUCGUGCUUCCUUCCUGAACUAGCCAAAACUGUUCAAGAAACUCGCAGGCCUUGAAUCAGCACGUGCUGCUAGUGUCCCUUCUGUUGCCAGCAUCUCUCCUACUUGCUAUUCCUAACAUCGCUCGCCAUGGCUGCUCUUCGAGCUUCCCUUUCAUCCAUCUCCAACCCUUCCCUCGCACUCCAACACAAUUUCGUCUCACAUGCCGUCAAUAACCAGCCUUCCGCCGUAAAAGUCUCGCCACGUUAUCACGUCCGCGCUGCUGCCAGCUCAGCAUCCAGCGACGGUGACGUGGAAUCCCAGCUGGACCGCCGGAGCGUCCUACUGUCAAUGGUUGCUGUGGCGCUGUCCCCAAUGGUAGCUGCCGGCGAGGCGUCCGCCAUAACCGUUCCGAAGCAGGUCGGGUCGUUCCUCCCAAAAUCCGAAGACGGCGAGUUUGUGGUUUUCACCCCGGGAAUGAAGGACACUCCGGCUCUUAGAGCAGGCAACGUGUCCCCCUACACGUUCAACAUCCCCCCCACCUGGACCCAGUCCCGCAUUGCCAACAUUUUGUCGGGCAACUACUGCCAGCCCAAGUGCGCAGAGCCAUGGAUCGAAGUCAAGUUCGAGGAUCCCCGGGAGGGAACCCUGCAGGUGGUGGCGUCGCCCAUGGUGCGCCUGACCAACAAGCUGGAGCUGCCUAUAGAGGAGAUCGGCACGCCAGAGAAGAUCAUUGCUGCGCUCGGGCCGUUUGUGACGGGCGACUCGUAUGACCCGGAUGAGGUGGUGGAGACGAAGGUCCGCAAGGAGGGUGACCAGACGUACUACGAGUAUUACCUGGAGACGCCCUAUGCGCGGUCAGGCACCUACAACCUGGCGUCUGCCACGGCCAAGGGCAGCACCGUGCUGCUGCUGGUGCUCAGCGCCUCGGACAAGCAGUGGGCUACGGGCGAAUCGAAGCUGAGAAAGAUGCUCAAGUCAUUCAGCGUGUGAUGUAGCAGCCUUGUGUGAAGUCUAUUCUGAAACAUUAUGCACCGCCUUUUGUGCCUCUGCUUGGCAUGGUACUACUCUGUAGGAGUACGGUAGGAGUCGUGGUUAUAGGGGCCCCAAGCCGGGUUGUCAUUUUAGAAGACUGGUAGCAGUGGGGGUCAGCCAAGAAUGGUGCAGGGCUGGAUCACUUGCAUGUCCAUGAAUCUAUUUGGUUCAUACCAUUUUGUGAGUACAUAUACCCAAGACUAGAACUCGUGCCCUU